ACAUAGAAUGAUAAAAAACAACGAAGACAAUGAACAUAAAAGAAUCUUAGUUUGAUAAGUUGCAUAAUACAUUAAAAUGGUGAUGGUGCAGCAUUCCAACUUCCUUGGCAGUUUGUUGGAGUCGGCUGUUACAAGUCAUUGCUCCCUAUUUGGUCGUGCUGUCCAUGCACAAAUUCUCAAGACACACCACACCCCUCUCCCUUCCUUCCUUUGCAACCAUCUAGUCAACAUGUAUUCCAAACUCGACCAUCUUAUCUCUGCCCAACACGUUCUCUCUCUCACCAACACUCGCACCGUCGUCACUUGGACUUCUCUCAUUUCCGGCUGCGUUCAGAAUGCCCGUUUUGUCUCUGCCCUCCACCACUUCUCUAACAUGCGCCGUGAGUGCAUUCGCCCCAACGACUUCACUUUUCCGUGCGUCUUUAAGGCUUUGUCUUCGCUGCAGAUGCCUGUUACCGGGAAACAGGUUCACGCCCUUGCGUUAAAGGAUGGCAUGAUUUAUGACGUCUUUGUUGGGUGCAGUGCCUUCGAUAUGUACAGUAAAACUGGCCUCUUAAUUGAUGCUCGCAAGAUGUUCGAUGAAAUGCCUGACAAAAAUUUGGCCACAUGGAAUGCUUAUAUUUCCAAUGCAGUGCUUGAUGGAAAGUUCUUGGAUGCGAUAGGUGCAUUUAAGGAGUUACUUUGCCUGAACGGAGAGCCGAAUUCGAUCACAUUCUGUGCAUUUCUUAAUGCGUGUUCUGACAUGUCAAGUUUGGAGCUCGGGCGUCAGUUGCAUGCUUUUGUAAUUCGUGGUGGAUACAGGGAGGAUGUUUCUGUUUCGAAUGGGCUUGUUGAUUUCUAUGGAAAGUGUGGGGAUAUCAUGUCUGCUGAAAUGGUUUUUAGCAGGAUUGGGCGGAAAAAUGUUGUUUCUUGGUGUUCUAUGCUUGCUGCUCUUGUGAAAAACCAUGAGGAAGAGAGGGCUUGUAUGGUCUUCAUGAGAGCUAGGGAAGAAGGUGUUGAACCAACGGAUUUUAUGAUAUCAAGUGUGAUUAGUGCUUGUGCUGAGCUUGGAGGGCUUGAAUUGGGCAGGACAGUACAUGCACUCUCUGUCAAAGCAUGCGUCGAGGAGAAUAUAUUUGUUGGGAGUACACUUGUUGACAUGUAUGGAAAAUGUGGAAGCAUCGAAAAUGCAGAGCAAGUCUUUGGUGAAAUGCCUUUGAGGAACUUGGUAACUUGGAAUGCACUGAUUGGUGGAUAUGCGCACCAAGGUGAUGUAGACAUGGCUUUGCAUCUAUUUGAGGAGAUGACAUUGGGUAACUGUGGUAUAACACCAAGUUAUGUGACACUAGUUUCUAUAUUAUCAGCUUGUAGUAGAGCUGGGGCAGUGGAGAGAGGGAUGCAGAUAUUUGAGUCCAUGAGAGUAAACUAUGGAAUUGAACCAGGCUCUGAGCAUUAUGCGUGUGUUGUGGACCUUUUAGGGAGAUCUGGUUUUGUUGAGCGCGCAUAUGAACUUAUAAAAAGAAUGCCAAUUCAUCCCACUAUUUCAGUCUGGGGGGCUCUACUUGGGGCUUGUAGGAUGCAUGGAAAAACAAAGUUAGGAAAAAUUGCAGCAGAGAAAUUAUUUGAACUUGAUCCUGAUGAUUCUGGCAACCAUGUAAUACUAUCUAACAUGCUUGCAUCUGCUGGCAGAUGGGAAGAUGCUUCUCUUAUCAGGAAGGAAAUGAAAGAGAUAGGUAUUAAAAAAAAUGUUGGCUAUAGUUGGAUUGCUGUCAAGAACAAAAUUCAUGUUUUUCAAGCAAAGGAUAAUUUUCAUGAAAAGAACCCUGAAAUUCAGGCAAUGCUAGAUAAGUUGAAAGGAGAGAUGAAAAAAGCUGGAUAUGUUCCUGACACCAAUUUAUCGCUCUUUGACUUAGAAGAAGAAGAAAAGGCUUCAGAAGUUUGGUAUCACAGUGAAAAGAUUGCUCUUGCUUUUGGCCUCAUAGUCCUGCCUCUUGGAAUUCCCAUACGAAUUACAAAAAAUCUUAGGAUUUGUGGAGAUUGCCAUAGUGCCAUUAAGUUCAUCUCAGGAAUUGUUGGUAGAGAAAUUAUUGUGCGAGACAAUAAUCGUUUCCAUCGGUUUAAAGAUGGUUGGUGCUCUUGUAAAGACUACUGGUGA